GAUUGUGUUUGUGUUGUUAAAAAGUUUUCAAUUUGUCAGGCCUCUACUUCAAAAUAAAAUUUAUCAUUUAUAUCACAUAUUUACUACAAUAAAACUAGUGCAUUUCUAUUAAAAAACAUUCAUUCUGCCAGAUUAUCUUAAAUUUAAAGCAUUUUAUCAUUUGCCAUUCAAUUAAUAUCACCUUGUGAAAAAGUCAUUUGCCGAACCCAAGAAAAGAGAAGAAAAAAGUGUCAAGAAAUAAGAAGAAGCAAUCGAUCCAACAACAUCACAACUAACUUUAUUUUCCGUGCGUGUGUGUGUUUUGUCAGGCGAUAAGAAGUUUGUGCGUUUUAAAAAUGUCGCAAAAGGAAUGGGGAGAGCUGAAAGUGACUCGUGAUGAAGUCAAUAAAAUCAGCGAAGCAUUGAAGAAAGAAGAGUUUAGGAAAAUGCUUGUUGAUUAUUGUGAAGAAAUAAGCGACCCAGAAAACCGGAAAUUAUAUGAGAGAGAAAUUAUUCAACUUGAAAAGGAACGCGGAGUUGAUGUGACUUUCAUCAACCCUGAACCAGGCUAUGUGAUAAAAACCAGCGCUGAUGGCAAGAGCAAAGCUUUCAUCAAUAUUGCUACGAAUGAUAAAAUUGAUAAACCAUCGAGUGCUUCGAUGGUAAAUACAAAUGGUGAACGUGGCUUGAACUGGAGUCUGCCAUACACUCUGACGCCACCUCGACAAGAUAUGGACAAGAAAAAUCAAUUGUGCUAUGUUUACGAUGUUGUUUUCCAUCCCGAUGCUCUUCAUUUGGCAUCACGCAACACUUCAUUCCGUAAAUUGGUCAAUGACACUGCCAUCGAUGCCAUUCAACAAGCACACAAUGUUCAACUCGAUCGAGCAAACUUGAAAUUUCCAAAACUCUCUUACAAAGGAAUCGCACGAGCGACUGUGAUUAGAAAAAAGAUUGCGGAUUUUGAUGGAAGUGAGAUUGAGCCGAGUCCAAUUGAUAGUAUUUACCCACCAAUGCCUGAUGAGUCCAAAGAAACGCCAAGGGAGAUGAAACUUUCGGAAGCACCAAUAAACGAGUACACGAUCCCUAAGUACAAAAUUGUUCAACGUCGUAGCGUUGAUUAUCAAGAAAUGACACAUGAAAUUGAUGCAAAAUUGAAUGUCACAAUACCGAAUGAACUUGUCGUGUCGAUUGAUUUGCCAUUGCUCAACAACACUCAAGACGCUCAGCUUGAUGUCACUAAGAAGCGAAUUGUUUUGUUAAGUGAAAAGCCUGCGAAAUAUCGACUCGACAUCAAUUUACCUUAUGAAGUUAUAGAAGAGAAUGGAAGUGCAAAGUUUGAUAAAACUAAGCGUCAACUUGUCAUAACACUUCCUGUUGUAUCUGAAAAGAAACUUCGCAUCACUGACUUUCAACGCGAAGAUUCCGGCAUUGAAAGUGACCAUCAACAACAACAAAUUGAUGGAAAGGAAUCAGAAUCAUCGAAUGAUUCUCCAACUGAUGACAAUAGUAACGAUUCAUCAAGUGAUAAUGCUUUUCUCGAUACAAACACUGACUACAUGCUACCUAACUUUACUUUUAAUCAAAUUGAUGAAAUUUUGGCUUUCACACUUCAUGUGAAGAACGUUGAUCCAUCAAGCAUCAGCAUUGAUCGAAAAGAUUUAAUAAAUAUUGCUCACAUUAAAUUCUCGUCAAUUGGUUCAGGAUUCUUUCCAAUUCAUUAUUCAUUUUGUGUGAGAUUUCCAUCACAAUAUUCGGGAAUAUUCCGAGAGAUUUCAGCUGAAGCUUGGGACAACAAUGUGAUCUUUCAAUUUGAACUUAACAAUUAUGAUUUUCCUUCGUAUGAAGCUGGAAAGGAUAUCAACGAUAUGGUCAGUUACGACAUUGCAGAGAAAUUGAUGACAAAGCAUCCAAUGACGUCUGAUGGAAAGGAAAUUGAAGACGAUAGUUUGAGUAUAGAAGUCAAUUCCGAUCAUGAAACUGAAGUUAUAAUUGAAGUCACUCGCAAAGAUUCAGAAACAUCACGUAAUGAAACAUCGAAUGAUGAAGUGUCUGAAGAUGUUUUUGGCGAAGAAGAUGUUUUUGGUGACAACUUCAAACGACAAUCUAAGAAAGCCACGCGUAAACGAAAUAAACGUAAAAUGCGUUCAAUGUCAGAAUCGUAUUGCGAUCAAUUAAAAGUUAUAAAUGAAAUGGAUUCGUUGAAGUUGGAUGAAAAGGAAUCGAAAGGACGUAAGAAAGCUCGAAGUGUUAGUGAGUCAAGCGACGAACAUGGCGGUGGUGAUGCACCGCAACCUAAUCAUCACCUUUACAAAUCAAUUCUGAAGAAUCGUUCGUCUUUUUCUGAAUGUAAUGAAAGUCCAAUCGAUGAUCGACGUCAAUCGAAAAACUUCUACUCGAUGUCUGCUGACUUUGGUAUUUGUCAAUCGCAUGAUUCGCUCUCCGAAAGUUGCAAGAAAACCGUCAGAUUUAGUGACAUUAUCAAAAGGCAAAUUUUUCGCUCAAACACUUCAAUUUUGGCCCAGAAAAAGAAAAACCAGAAGAAGAAAGCGAGUCGCAAGCGUGCUUUGGAUCGUCGUCACAGUGAAGGAAGUGAAAGCGAAAAGCACGAUGACGAAUUUGAUGAAAAGGAAGACGAUGAUGUGAGAAGAUUUGAGCACGUGUCGAAUGACAUGAAGUCGGAGAAACGUGAUUCGGGCGUCGAUUUGUCUGAGAAGAAUGCAACAAAAAUCAAAAUAUCCAACAAGAAAUCAAAUGCCAAUCGUGUAAUGAAUGGAAACGAUGUAAACUUCAAAAGCGGAAUGAUUUUUGACUUGGAAAUGUAAACCGACAUUAAUCCGCUCAGCAUUUCUUUUUAUACACUUUAUAUAUUUUGAUAGAAGAAAAACAAUCACUGCUCGAUGUUUUCUUUUUGCAUAUUUAUGAUAAAACAACAACAAUAAUAAGAAUAGGAAAAGAAAAUUUAUCAGUAGGAAAAAUCGAACGUUACGUACGAGAGAAAUGACUAAUAGAUGGCGACACUGUAACUGAACUACUUUCUCCCUUAAAUUCUACUUAUUUUGUGUUUCCCUUUUUAUUUCUUAAUUUUUCCACUCUCUUAAUUCUGGCCUAUUUGCCCAAAAGUGAUUCCCUAAAAGUCUGGUCUGCUAAAGUGAUGAUGAAGGAAACGAAAAAAAGAACUUCUUUAAUUUUAAUCAAAAAAAGUGAACUAAUAAGUUUAAAGAAGAAAGGAAAUGAUUUCUUAUUGCAUGUUACUAAGUGAGUUUCGAAAAUGUUAUUGAGAUUUUAAUUAAGGCAAGAUGAUAAUUUUAUCUUAGUCUGUGUGGGCUUUUUGUUUAGGCUCGAAGGUAAAGUUUUACCUUUUGAUAUUUAAAGGUCUUUUAACCUUCCAAAUAUAAAUCGUUUCUCGCUCGUUCAACGGAUUGAAGGAAAGGAAAAUCUGUAAAUUCGAUUGGUUUGAUCUUAGAAAAGAAAAAUAAAUGUUAAGAAGAUUUCUUCUUAAUAAAAAUUAUGAAAAUAAAAAA